GGGGCGGGAGACUCCAGAGCGGAGACGCGCUGGAUGGCAGGGGCAAUCUGGAGCUCCCGGGUGUCACACGGGAUUAGCCCGCCAGGCUGAUACCACACAGUCAUGAUGGGGGAAAGGUCGCUUCUGCAAGGAAUUCUCUCUUUCCUGUUGCUUAAUAUUGUCUGUCAGGCCCAUGAUCUUCCACUGAGCCAGGCAACCCGAGGGACGAGCUCCCUAUGUGAAAAAGAUGCUGGGUCCUGGGGAGCUGUAUUCAGUGAGGAACGCCUAGAUGCCUGGACCUGUUCUAUGAUUGGUUCUGUUAUGGUGGGACUGAGUGGGGUUCUUCCCCUCCUGUUCGUUCCUCUCGAGACAGGGGCAGCACUGAAAUCGGAAGAGGGAUCCCAUCGAAUGAAGCAGCUGUUGAGCUUUGCUGUUGGUGGGCUUCUGGGAAACGUGUUUCUCCACCUGCUUCCCGAAGCUUGGGCCUACACUUGUAGUGCUACUGCAGGAGAAGGGCAGAGCUUCCAACAGCAGAAGCUUCUGGGGCUCUGGGUGAUCAUUGGCUUACUGACCUUCCUGAGUCUGCAGAAGAUGUUCCCAGAUAGUGAAAAACAAGGAAGUACCAACUUGGUCAGUGAUUGCAGACCAGCUACUGAAAGGAUUCUGAAUGGGAGCAGCUCCUCUAUGCAAGAUGCAGACACUCCAGUCCAAAGAAAGAAGUUGGGCGCUGCUCAUUGUAAUGGGUCUUCUCAUUUACUUUCACCAUCAGCUCAGAAAAUCAAGAUGAGUGGAUAUCUCAAUCUUUUGGCCAACGCAAUAGAUAAUUUCACACAUGGCUUGGCAGUGGCAGCCAGCUUUCUGGUUAGCAGAAAGGUUGGACUUCUUACAACCCUGGCAAUUCUUCUACAUGAAAUACCCCAUGAGGUGGGUGAUUUUGUCAUUCUCCUCCGUGCUGGAUUUGAUCGCUGGAGUGCAGCCAAGCUACAGCUCUCCACAGCCCUUGGGGGCAUUCUGGGAGCGUGCUUUGCCAUCUGUGCUCAGUCACCAAAAGGGACAGGGGAAACCAUCGCUUGGAUUCUCCCUUUUACCUCUGGAGGAUUCUUAUACAUCGCAUUGGUAAAUGUGGUACCUGAUCUCUUGGAAGAGAAGAAUCCUUGGCACUCCGUGCAACAAGUCCUCCUUCUGUGCACCGGCAUCGUUGUCAUGGUGCUUUUCUCCCUCACUACGGAAUGAGGGGCUCCAGCUUCUUUCUGCCGUUUCACAAAGCUGCCUCCCUCUGAAGUGUUACAAAGGAGCCAGGGACACCAGUGGAUUUUUCUUCCUCGUGUGCAUGCGGAUCCGACUGCUGCUCAGGGUGGUAAAUAAAGCAUCCUUUUUUCUUUUUCUUUUCUUUUUUUUUAAAUGGUACAAAGCUGGACAUCCAACAUUUUGAGAAAAAAGGUGUCUGUGUGUCUUUUUUUUUUUAAAUAAUAAUUUAAACAAAAAAGCAGCAAUGAUGGGAGGCACCUCUUUUGGUGGAACUGAUGGGGUUGCCAGUUGGACCAGUCUGUGUGCUGGGAUUGCUUGGACAAAACUCCAGAGUGAAAUAGAAGGCAAAAUCGUAGCCUUGGCAUGCAGGCAAAAGAAUUCUCUUUUCUCCUGGUCUCAAGGUCGUCACCAGCAGCAAAAUACUUGGUUGUUAUUUGACAUAUGUUGGAGCCUGUAUUUGCCCAUUUUCCCAUCUAGCUUAGUAUAUCUGGACUGGCAGUGACUUUUCGGGAUCUUGGCUAGAGAGCUUUUCCAGUUCUUUUCACCCUGAAAUCCUUUUCAGAAUGGAGGCAGGAGGGACUGAAGCAUGUUGCCUACCACUUUGCUAUCUUCCCUUCCCAUAAAGCAGCUUUGUACUUUUUCUGAGAUAAGCAAUCUGAUGCCUUCUACGUAUGUGGGAUUCCAGCUUCCAUUUAUCCCAGCCAGCAUGGCCAAUAGCAAGGGACUUGGGGUUGGCAAUCCAAAACACCUGAAAGGCCACUCAGGUUUCCUAUCCUGGUUCUAGGAUGUUGAUCUUCUACAGCCUGAUGCUUCCUUACUUCCAAAUGUGGGUAACUGAAAAUCCAAUUGGAUUUAGCUGGUCCUUUCUUAGGCUUCUCCAGUACAUUUGUAUUAUGCAAUCAGGAUUCACACAAGAAAUGCUUAAAUGGAUUAUUUAAUAACUCUGUCUCUAGCUAUAGCUUUUUUGUCAAAACUAGAAUACCACCAGUAAUUGGGGUGAUGAAACUUAACUACAAAAACUCCUAGGGACCCACAGCUGGGAGGUAUGAUCUAAGAAGGCCUACAAUAUCCUUCUUCCUACGGUAGCACUAACACUGCUUAAAAUGAAGGAUUUUUUAAUUCAUUCUGGCCUUGAGGUAGCUUGAAAGCAACAGGAUUAGUCUUGUUCUGCAGCUUCCGUUUUGGUUCAUUUGGUAACUAUUUAAAGGAUAAGACAAACCUACAUUCUUCCAUAAUGAAUAAGAGAAAACUUGGAAGGGAUACACAUGGGCAGCAUAAAGAGAAAUGCAGUAGAUACAGCAGCCUUAAGUCUGCAGGGAUAAAAACUCAGAUUUUGUUGUUGUUGUUGUUGUUGUUAUUGUUGCUGCUGUUGUGACUUUAGCUGAAAGACGUUCACGAAUUUUGAUCAACUCUUCCAUAAAGCAGCAAUAGAUGCAGCUAAUCUGUCCCAUUGACCCUCAUAAUGAAACAUCUUUUCUUUUUAUUCAUCUGUCUGUCUGGAAAGUUGGCUUCCUCCAAUGGUUGCUUCCAGCUAUUUCUAGAGCCAAGUCCCAAAAAGACACCUUUCCUACUCAUCCUACGUGUUUAAUCCCUUUUAUGCACCAUAGCUAAUAUUUUCCAAGAAUACUUGUUGCCCUUUAAGUUCUGGCUAGCAUUGUUAAGAGGCUCUAGUGCAUUCCCAGGGUGAGAGAGUACAUAGAAGAUCAUGCUGUUUGAAUCAGGGUUAAGUCUGAUAUAGGCUGCAAGCUACAGCAGGAAUUUUCUGCUCACAGUUUAGGAAUGCAAAGUGGGUGACAUUGACUCAUUAAUCUCUGAGCUGUUAUUGUUGGCUUGCAGCCCAGGCUGCCUGGAGUGAAUUUGCAGAUACUGGGGAGCAUUGCCUGAAGUGGCCAUUCAGAGUCCAAGGGAAGAGGCCUCUACUGCAUUUGGAACUAGCCUCACAAUGUUACAAACAAACAUGAUGGGCGGAUGGUAAAUAUUUCCACAAUACAUGUAUUUUGGAGGAAGUAGCAUUAUUUUGCACUAGCUUUUGUGCAUUCACCUUCAUCUGUUUCACAUGGAGGCAAUAGAGAUUAAAUUUUAAAAAUCUGA